CAUGUCGCCAAAUCUUCAUAAACAACAAAUUGAAAUAUCUCAACAUUAUCCACCACAUCAUAAUCAUAUAGUGAAUAUUAUCGAUUUACAUGAUGAAAUACAGAAUAUUGAUCAAAUAUUACCACCAAAUAUUGAAUUAAAUCAAUUGGAAACACGUGAUCAUUCACGAUAUCAAUCAUCAUGGCUUGUUUAUGGUGCAACAUUAAGCGCUCAUAUGGCAUCGAUUAUAAUGGGCAGUACAUUUGGAUGGAAUGCACCGGCCAUGGAAGAGAUGAAUGAAAAUUUUAUCGAUGAAAAACAAUGGCAUUCACCAUUAGUACCUACAGAUCAAGAGAAACGUUUAAUAUCAUCUAUAUUAACCAUUGGUGCAAUGUUAGGUGGUCUUCUAUGUGGAUUGUUUAUUGAUCGUUUUGGAAGACGAAAAACAUUAAUGUCAUUAGGAUUACCAUAUGGUAUCGGUUGGUUAUGUAUUGCAUUCGCACGGUCAACAUUUGUCAUUCUAGUAGGACGUGUAAUUAAUGGAUUAGGUAUCGGUAUCGCUAUUGCAACCGUUCCAACAUAUCUGGCUGAAAUUGCAACACCAAAUAAUCGUGGUUAUAUUGGGAUGAGUUUCAAUUUUUUCGUCGUUUUCGGUAUUGUUUAUAUGGAUAUUAUUAAUAUUCUGAAUUUUCAUUGGAAUCAAUUGGCAUUGUGGGCAUUAUUACCGACAGCAUUAUUGGUUAUAACAAUGUAUUUUAUGCCCGAAUCACCAACAUGGUGUAUGAAUUGUGUUGAAAUAUCUAAUGAUGCAUUACGUUUAGCAGAACUGAAUCUUCGUCGUUUACGUACAAAAGAAAGUGAUAUUCAUGGUGAACUACGUGAUCUUUGUGAAUUUAAAAAUCAGAUUCAAAAAGCGAAGAAAAAUCGUAUCAAAUUAUCAUUUCAAUCGAUUCAACGUUCAGAUAUUUACAAACCAAUGUUGAUCGCAAUAUUUGCAUUGUUUUUUCAACAAUUUUCCGGUAUCAAUGGUGUACAAUUUUAUAUGAAUGAUAUUUUUGCCAAAUCUGGUUCAAAUUUAAACGCUAAACUAUCAACAUUAAUUUCGAAUGGUUUCAUGUUGAUGGCUACAAUUGUUGGUGCAUUGGUUAUCGAUCGAUUUGGAAGACGAAUUUUACUCAUGUUUUCAGCAUUAGGAAUGGCUCUUAGUAUUGGUGUAUUGGGAUUUUAUUAUUAUCAACAUCCAGAAUUGGCUCAUGAUUAUGAAGGUUCAAUUGAACAAACAAAUUCAUGGCUACCAAUUAUAUGUGUAUCAAUAUUUGUCAGUUCAUUUUCAUUUGGUGUUGGUCCAAUUGCAUGGGUUAUUAUCACAGAAAUAACACCACCACAAACCGUUUGGUUAAUAUCAUCAAUAUCAUCAAUAUUUGCAUGGAUUUGGACAUUUAUCAUUGUUAAUGAAACACAAUCAUUUUUCAUAUUAUUCAAAGAAUAUGGUACAUAUUGGAUAUUUUCGUCAAUUAGUUUUAUUUGCAUUAUAUUUGCAUAUUGUUUACCAGAAACCAAAGGAAAAACAAUGGAAGAGAUAAGAAAAAUUUUUCAUUAUUGAUUCGGCAAUU